AUUUAAUAAAUCUAAUCGGGGAGGGAGAAGCAAAACCCCGUCCCCGCUUCACUUCCUCGAUGGGGCAGGAAAACCCAUGCGGGGCAGGGGAUGCGAUUUGCGGGGCGGAGUGGGAGAAAAUGCCCAUUCCUAGGUGGAAGCAUUCCUAAUGAGAUUCAAAACCUUAUUAACCUAAAUGUACUAGGGAUGGAGUAUAAUUUGUUGAUAGGUAUCAUGGGGAAACUUUCAAACUUGAAAAGUUUGUAUUUAAGAGGAAACCAUCUAAUGGGGGAAAUCCCCUCUAACAUCGGUAACAUGACUCAACUUUUUUAUCUUCUUUUGAAUAAUAAUAGCUUACAAGGAAACAUACCUGAAAAUAAACUCAAUGACACCAUACCUGAACUUCUCAUGAAUCUCUUAUCACUUUCUGUAGGCCUUGACAUAUUAUACAAUUCCUUAACAGGCACAUUGCUCGUAGAAGUUGGAAACUUGAAGGAACUUCUUAUCCUAGAUGUUUCAUACAAUAAAUUGUCUGGCGAGAUUCCUAGCGCACUAGGGAGAUGUUUGGCCUUGGUGCAAUUGUAUAUGCAACAAAACCUCUUCCAUGGGAUUAUUCCUUCAAUUAGUCAGUUAACGGGCCUUCAAUAUUUAGAUCUCUCUAGCAAUAAAUUUUCAGGCCAAAUUCCACAAUACAUGGUGAAUCUUUCCUUUCUUCUAAAUUUGAAUUUGUCCAACAACAAUCUUGAAGGUGAGGUACCCACACAAGGAGUUUUCAGCAAUGCAAGUGCUGUUGAAAUCUACAACAACAUUAAGCUUUGUGGGGGAAUCCCAAAGCUGCACCUACACCGCUGCCCUACUCAAGAACUUCAAAAACCAGGGAAGCAUACUACUCUAAAGUUAGUACUGGUGAUUGUCAUUCCUAUUUUUUUAAUAGGCUUGACGUUGUUUUUGCUUUCAUUUUACCCGAUAAGAAAAUUGAAGCAAAAAUCUCUAGAAACAUAUUCAUUUGGACGCUUCUUUCCAAAAAUCUCUUACACAGAUCUCCUCAAAGCAACUGAUGGAUUCUCUACUGAGAAUUUGAUUGGAUCUGGUCAUCAUGGAAGAGUGUACAAAGGAAUGCUCAGUCCUGAUGAAUCAACUGUGGCGGUUAAAGUACUCAAUCUUCAUCAACGAGGAGCAGCCAAAAGCUUCGUGGCUGAAUGCCAAGUUUUGAGAAACAUUAGACACCGUAACCUUGUCAAGGUCCUGACUGCUUGCUCCAGUACUGAUUAUGAAGGCAAUGAAUUUAAAGCUCUAGUAUAUGAGUUCAUGCCAAAUGGAACUUUAGAAAGCUGGUUGCAUCCAAGAGAUGGUCAAUCACAAACAAGAAAAUUAAACUUUCUCCAGAGGAUAAACAUUGCAAUAGAUGUGGCUUUCGCAUUGCAUUAUCUUCAUAAUGAAUGUCAAAUGCCUAUUGUUCACUGUGAUAUAAAGCCAAGCAAUAUUCUUCUUGACAAUGACCUUACAGCUCAUGUAAGUGAUUUUGGUUUGGCAAGGCUUCUAAAUGUGUAUGUACCUAUAGAGGUGUCAACUCGUGGGGACACGUAUAGCUUUGGAAUCCUCUUGUUGGAGAUGUUUACUGGUAGAAGGCCUACUGACGAGCUAUUCAAAGACGAUUUGAACCUUCACAACUUUGCUAAAAUGGCAUUGUGUGGGCGAGUAACAGAGAUUGUUGACCAAUUCCUAUCAAGUGAGGUAAUGCAAGGAGUUCAAGAUUGCAUUGGAAGUUCGAGUGAGCAUACAAGGAUAGAAUUCUUAGUUUCUGUAUUUCAAAUUGGAGUGGCAUGCUCAUAUGAUUUUCCAAUAGAUAGAAUGAACAUGAGUGAUGUUGUCUUGGAAUUUCUCUUAGUCAAAGACAAAUUUCUUGGAAAUGGAGUGCGCGAUAACACAACCCAGUUUACAAGUGAAAUCUCUGAAGCUAUAGUAUAG